AUGGCUGUAUUUGCGGAACUAUUACAGCUUUCAUCAUCCAUCAUUUUUGCAGCUUUACUCGUGAUUUCUUUAAUGACACUUAAUUUGUUGCGUACGAAGAACGUGAAAUACCCACCGAUUAUCAAAGGAUGGAUUCCUUGGCUCGGAUGUGCAAUCGAGUUUGGAAAAGCACCGCUGACUUUCAUCAAAGAAUCCAGCGAAAAGCAUGGCGAGGUCUUCACAUUUUACGCAAUUGGUCAGCGAAUGACAUUUUUGACUGAUGUCCGAGAUUUCCAUUUAUUUUUUAACUCUCCUCAAGCAGACUUUCAGCGAGCCGUCGAAGAUGCAGUGAAGAACACGGCGGGAAUCAACAGGGUGGAUUUCUUUACUAAUCAUCGUAGAAUUCAUGAUUUAGUCAAAGGAAGGCUGUCCUCUUCUAACUUGAGCAAAUUAACUCCAAAAGUUGGUCGGAAACUAGAAGAAUAUGCAGCAAGUGGUAAGUUUUCAACAGAGCUCUGUGAUGCAACUCGUUCAUGUCUUGCAGGGUCGUUGGCGAAACUUUCUCUGGAAGAAGUUAAGAAACUGCGCAAGGUGGAGCACUGUAUUUUGGAAGCCAUUCGCCUGCGUCCAGCAGGAAUGAUUGCUCGCAAACUUACAGGACCCAUGCAAGUUCGUGAAUUUACAAUUCCAGCAGGUGAUAUGCUUAUGAUUUCACCUUAUUGGGCGCAUCAAAACGAAGCCAUCUAUCCUGAUGCAAGAUCCUACGUUCCAGAACGCUGGAAUCAGACUGUAGGCUCAGAUAAAUCUGCCCCCUCUGACAAAUUCUUUGCGUUUGGCGGCGGUCGCUUUCAGUGUCCAGGUCGUCGGUUUGCCAUGAUGGAAAUACAAAUGUUUAUAUCUCUUCUUCUUUGUAGUUUUGACCUAGAGUUAGUGAAGGAAGAGGUUCCUUUGCCGUCUCCGCGACAUGUCGUGGGCGUUCCGCACCCUUUAUCGCCAUGUUACGUGAAGAUGCACAAGAGAGUUAGAACUGUUUGAUAACUAUUCAUGGACAGUUUAUUGUUUAUAGGAAAGAAACAAAACAUUUCUUUUCGCGAAAGUUCGUGGUUUUGUAUGCUCCAACUGACCCAGACUUUAUAAGCGAAAAACUUAAUUUUUUUAACGUAUUUAUAUCAAUUCAUCCUGUUUUUACACCCAGACCAGUGUCAAAAGUGUUUGUUUCAUGCAUAUUUUUUGUCGUCGUUUUGUUUUUCAUCGGGCUGGGACGGGUAAGGGUAGGGGAACCUUCUCUUGGUGUCUGGGGGCAUUACAUUUUCCCCUCCAGUGAAAUAGCUUGUUUCGCCUUAAGCCUAAUUAACAACGACUUCAGGACAAUAUACAAAGUGUGACUAGAAAGUCUCCCGUUUGGAAGGUUGAAAACAGGCGCGUUACUUGUCAUAGGACUUACAUAAAAUGACAUUUUAAUGAAAAUAUUCUUAUAACUCUUUUACCGAAAACGCUCUAGUAUGUGCCAUGUCGAGAGCUUCAAGUUUCUAGUAAACUAGAUCUUACCUCUCCCAAUUUCCCCAAAUGAAAACGCUCCCGUAAAAGCUCGUGGGCAAAAUGAUACUGCGAUAAAAAUGUUUUGCGGUUGUUCAAAUCCUUUUAUUUUGAAACGAUAAUUGUUAAAGCUGUAAAGCUUGUGGGGUCGUUUAUUUAAAGAUCUAGUGUGUCAAUGGACUCACGAAAGGUUACGAUUUGCCCAAAACCUAAGAUGUACAGCAAUUUCGAGAAGGGUAAAGUUUACUAACUUUCAUGCAAAUUACAGUAUUUCGAGGGAUUAACUUAAUAGGUGUUAUGUGUGAAUAAAAUCUUCUGAUCUGAAAGUACAUGUGGAUGUAAUGCUACUUUGAAAGUAAUGACUAAAUAUUAUGACUAAAUAUCGUAGGGAAGGUUUAAAAUAAAUCUUACUGCUCUGCAAUGGGGCCAUUUCA